AGAAAGAAUUUUGUCGCCUUUGUCAGAGUAUUUACAACCAGAUAGCGUAUGUUCUGAUUUACUGCCACACGUUGAAACCGCUAAUCCGAUCUGCACACAGACCUUAAAACAAAGCAGCGAUUGCUCAGUUGAAGCUAAGAAAAUGCCACUAGUCAAAAAAACUAAGAAGGGCGACUUAGUUCCAAAGCUGAAACAGUUCCUUGCCACGCUAUGCUUGGGUCCCAUCAGUUUGGGCGCCUCCCUGAGUUGGACCGCGCCAGUACUGCCCCAACUGCAAAACGAAAACUCCACGUCGACCGUCCACCUAACAACAUCGGAAGGGUCCUGGGUGGGAUCCAUGGUUGCGAUCGGCGUACUUACAGCCGCCCUGCCGUCCGGUUACUUAGCUGACCGUUUCGGUGUUAAAAAGGUGACCAUCGGCUUAGUUCUUCCCGUGCUGGGAUUCACGGCGAUAGUCAUUUUCGCACAGGACGUAUACGCAUUGUGCUUCGGACGUUGGCUGGCCGGUAUGGCAAGCGGUGGCAUCUCGGUAGUGGGUCCCAUGUACAUUUCGGAAAUAUCCGAAGUCUCCAUUCGAGGAACUCUGGGAUCGUUCUUCGAAUUUCUGAUUUAUGUCGGCGUCAUGAUCGUAGUCGCCUGCGGAGCGUUCGUUCAUUACAUAACGCUCACGGUGAUUAUGGGUGCGCUGGCCUUUAUUCUGGGGGUCGUUUUCGUUUUCCUACCCGAAAGCCCGACGUACUUGAUGAAAUGCGACCGAAGAAGUCAAGCCGAGCAAGCCUUGCUUUUUUACAGACCUCCAGAUUACAACAUUAACGGGGCUUUGGAUGAAAUUGAAGAGUGCCUACAUCUCGGAAGAAAGAAAACGAACAUUAGAGAAGCUCUGAAAUCGCGAGCAGUUCGGCGCGCCUUCCUUGCCGCUGUGGGAUUAACAAUUAUUCAGCAGAUGAGUGGAAUUGAUAGUGUUCUUUUUUACACGGUGCAAGUUUUCCAAGCAGCCGGUACGAAUCUGGAUCCUUACAUGUCGUCGAUAAUAGUCGCACUUGUUGAACUAGUUUCCACCGUUAUUGCCGUUUUUGUCAUUGAAAAGGCGGGGAGAAAGGUCUUUCUGUACAUUUCUUGCAUGGGAACGGGGCUUUGUCUUGCAACCCUCGCUUUGUAUUACCAUCUGAAAGUGCUCGACGUUUAUUUCACUGGUAUGAACGUAAUUCCCUUGGUAAGUGUAGUGGUUUACUCAUUUAUGUUUGCUAUCGGACUUGGACCGGUUUCCUAUUUGGUUUACGGGGAGCUAUUUGCGCCAGAGGUCAAGGGUUUGGCAAUUGGUGUUACUAUAACCACCAAUUGGACUUGCCUGUUUAUAAUUACAAAAACGCUGCCGGGGAUGAUGGACGACAUGGGCCCACACGUACCGUUUUAUAUGUACUCGGUUUUGGUAAUGACAGGAACGAUAUUUAUCAAAUUUUUUAUUCCGGAAACGAAAGGAAAAACCCUUUCUCAAAUUCAGAUGGAACUGGAGGGAUUUAAAUGCCCCAACCGCGACUGUUCUGCUUCCUAAAAUGAAGGGAUAAAGUUGUUUCAGAUUUUUG